AUGAGCUCAGGCAGCUCCAAGCCCAGUGAAGAGCAGUGGCUUCGUCACCAAGCUUUCAUUCGUCGUUUGUAUAUUGUGGAAGCCCAACCACUGCGCCAAAUUAUAGAUCAGUUAAGAGAUCGCGGCUUAGUCGUCACUCCCUCCCAAUUGGAAUAUAAAGUGAAGAAAUGGAAUUUUCAAAGGAACAUCAGCAAGGAAACUUGGGUUGAAAUCGACCAUUGUAUCGGCAAAAGGAAGAGGGAGGGGAAAGACAGCGAAGUGAUACUUUGCGGCAAGCGACUGAAACCAGAGACUAUUGAAAAAGAAACGGACCGCUAUCGUGAUAGGAGCAUAUUUGCCCGAUUCAAGUCGCAACCGAAUGGCUCGACCGUGAUUAUAACUAAUAGUCAUGUUUCGGUUUCCACUCCGCCAUCCUUUUCAGUGGAAUUUGAAUGGCCAAGAACCUUGCCAUGGUUACAAUUCCCAGAGAGCGAGAUCAAAAUCAUGCUCAAUAAGUACAUGAGAAUACCAGAAAAGAUCCAGCGUGAAGCCCUUGUACCAGCAAUUUUCGACCAAGGAAUUAUAGGGGCGAUGAACACUGUUCAAUUCAAUGUUUCUAAACUGGCUGCUGUUAUAGGAGCAUUGAUGCCUGAAUCCUAUCCUCAAGAAAGCCUUCAACGCGCUCAAUCUCUUAUGAACGGAUCACAAAAAGAAUUUCUAUUUGAAGCUGUAUCAAUGGUCGCGUACGUGCUAUCGAAUGAUGUCCUCGACAUUCAUCAGGGAGAUGAAUGGAGAAAGAUCAUGACUAUACUCAAGAUGUCUGGCCUAUUUAAGAUGCAGGUCAACCUGAAGGCGCUAAAAAGUCACACGAUUAAUGGAUUCAUGGAGAAUCUGUACAACGCGGCGAUUUGGAGAAUGAGUCUUACGAAAGGAGCUGCCGACGAUAGAGAGACUAUGGCUUUGCUGGAAUGGCUCCUCGCUGUAGGCCAGAGCCCGACUCUGCCCCACAAAGAUAUUUUUUGGCGCCCCCAUGGGCCAGUUGGGGGACCGAUUGGGCUGGAAUUGGUCAGUCGUCUUUUAAAAGCUGGUGCUGAUCCAGACACUUGGACAGUAUCUAACAUAUGCACCCAAACAAUAUUGGAACAUAUUAUUCAGCAACAGUCUACGAGUAAUAGCCUGGUAUUUUGCAUUGCUAAACUUCUUCUGGAACAUGGCGCUUCGGUUAGAUUGGAUUAUGCACUUCAUGCGGCCAUUAAAAGAAGGCAUAUGGACCCAGCGCUGAUUGGGAUAAUCAUUCAGUAUGGAGGGAACCUCCUGGCGGAACUAGACUUUACUCGGGAAUUUAUCGGUAUACGGUCCUCGGAAAAUGAGGAUGAAUGGAAAUGGCACGACGCACAAGACCUUGUGUAUUCACACACUGCCUUAAGCGUAGCCGCCAUUGCUGGGCUAUCGCAAACACAAUAUGUUCUCAAUUUGCUAAAACAUGGAAAUCCACACAAGUCAAUCACCGACUUUAUCACGGCCGACGUAUUGAUUUCCGCUGUUAUUUCGAAAGACUUUGAUACUAUACGUUUUCUGUACGAUAGAUCUGGCAGUGUUGGUCCUAACGACUUCGGCAUAUGGCCAUUACAUGCUGCUGCGUAUGUUGACUAUCUUGAUAUUUGCGAAAUCUUCUUUCCUUCAUACGAGAAUGCUGGUCUAGAUGUUACGUCGACAUUCUCCCCUUUGCACUUUGCCUGCUUUCAUGCCAAUCUGGAGGUACCUUUUAGCCUUCUAAAUUUUCAAUUGCAAGACGCUGCACAGAGUGCCAUUCUGUUGAUAGAUGCCGGUGCCAAGCCAGAUAAGAAUGCAGCCAAGGCAGUCACCUCGGCUGCCAUGAAUUUUGAUGUUGCCUUCCUCUCGACGCUCUUCGGUGCGGGGAUCAAUCCAAAUGAAAGGAAUUUUGAAGGUCACACCCCGUUACAACAGGUGUUGCGAGAGGAGCGCAAACGGCAACUUUCGAAGAGAAGUCCAGUUGUCAUUGGCGUAACCCUCUAUGAUUCCGUCAAAUUACUCCUGGAGAAUGGCGCAACAUUAUCUGGCGAUGAAAUUAUAUGGGCAAUUCGUACCAAAAACUGGGAUGUUGUUACUCUUAUUCUCGAAUACGGCGGAGACCUUUCAAGCGCUGAUCAAUUUGGAACAGCACUUGAAGCAGCCAUUCGAUCACGAGACAUCACUGGUAUAACACGAUUGUUUGAUAUUAUGCCGACCGUGUACGACGCAGGUUCGCUAUGUGCCGCCAUCGAAAUUCAGCAACACUCAAUAGUUCAUAGACUUUUACUCAAUCGCCGCGCCCAACCAGCAAUGGACGAAUUAGAAGUAACGGCUAUUGGUAUAGCCGCAAAACGAGGACACAUCGAUCUGCUGCGCAGUCUUCUUCAGUAUCCGCCGUUAGAGAAAACUGGACCAAUGCCAAUACUUUAUGUGCAGGUUUAUUCAGGGGAUCUUAUCACAGAUACAUUCAAAAUAGUUACCGAACACGAAUCAUUUCGUGAUCAGGAUCAUCUAUGUGGGAGCCCUCUAGCUCCAAUGGCAACCGAAAAUAACAACGAAACGUUUGAGGCAUGUUCUAUGCUUCUCAGGAAUGGUUUUAAGCCGGAUAGGCUUACUUGGGCAAUAGCUGCUGAUUCGAAUAAUAUUGCCUUUGUUCAAUUUCUUUUGAACAACAGUCAACGAUAUGAGGAAUACAGCGGACCCGAUGACUAUCACCCUUCAAACCGAAAUCCCUUGCUUGGAGCUAUUAGGCAUAACAAUACAAAGUUAGCUGCGCUACUGCUAGAGGCCGGAGUAGACGUCAACGACCAUCGGACCUCGAUAAGGUAUAGCAUAUCGCCUCUACAACUAGCUGUGGAAAUGGGCAAUUUCGAAUUUGUACGCUUUCUUAUCAAAGCCAACGCAGAUGUGAAUUCUCCACCCGCUGACGAGUCAGGGGCGACAGCAUUGCAGAUGGCUGCGAUAGGAGGCCACCUUGGAAUAGCCAAGUAUCUACUCGAUCUUGGUGCCGAAGUUAAUGCCCCCGGUUCGCAGUACGAUGGAAGGACUGCCCUUGAAGGAGCUGCAGAGUGGGGAAGACUGGAUAUGUUGGAACUUUUACUGUCUAACGGGGCUUGCACAACGGGGAGUUGGCGAAGUCGUGCCGCCAGCGCAGUAGCGUUCGCACUCAAAGAACGUCAUUAUACAGCGGCGGGUUUAUUAAAGGAGUCCCUAAAUUGGUCAGAAGAAGACGAGACGCGGUUAAAAGAAAACGUCGUGGCCAUAAGAAGACGAAAGUGGUUGCGCUAUAGUUCGUACGAUCCGUAG